CCGGCCCGGCGGCGCUCCCUCCCCGGCCCGGCGGCGCUCCCUCCCCGGCCCGGCCCGGCGGCGCUCCCUCACCGGCCCCCGGCCCCGGCGGCGCUCCCUCAACGGCGCCCGGCCCGGCGGCGCUCCCUCACCGGCCCCCGGCCCGGCGGCGCUCCCUCAACGGCGCCCGGCCCGGCGGCGCUCCCUCAACGGCCCCCGGCCCCGGCGGCGCUCCCUCAACGGCGCCCGGCCCGGCGGCGCUCCCUCACCGGCCCCCGGCCCGGCGGCGCUCCCUCACCGGCUCUGGCCUCCGGCAGCGAUCGGUAACAGCAAGGUUUGUCUUCCUGCGUUAUCGAUGUAAGUAGGGCGAAUCUUAAUCUGAAUAAAAGAAUGUCGUCACUGUAUCGCUGCAUUUGCUGCAGAUGGUCUUCAUUGAGAAUCCCCAGUCUAGUUUUUUCUUCAAACAGAAAGAUAAAGGUGAUGCCUGCAGCAUCAUAUGGCCUUCUCUCUCAGACAGGGAUAGACAUGCAUCAAUAUUUCCCCGUUCAAAACCACUGGAGGUUGAAAAAUUUUAACUUCAGCUCUUCAGUAGCAGAUUCACCACCCAGUAAAGAAGGUGGCACUGUCCGCUUCAUGGAAAACAGUUCACUGCAAAAUACAAAGUAUAAUGAUGCCAAAGCAGAACUGUCAACUCUGGAUGGAGACUUGCAACCCAUAGUAUUUGAUGAUGCCCCAUCUCGAUCGUUGUUUGAAGAUAUAUCUGAAGAAGAAGCUUUGCAUAUUGAAGCAAGUCCACCACUCCCCCUGACCUCUUUCACCCUUCGUGAUUAUGUGGACAGUUCUGAGACUCUCACCAAGCUGGUGCUUCUGGGUGUAGAUCUGUCUAAACUAGAAGGGCGACCAAAUGUGGCCAACAUGCUGUUGCGACUGGAUUUUGACAGAGAUGUAAAGGAGCGACUUCUGUUCCUGAAAGACGUAGGAGUAGAAGAGGAUUUGCUUGGAGCAUUCCUCACUAGAAAUCCCUUCAUUCUGACCGAGGACAUGGAGAAUUUGCAGAAGAGAGUGCAAUAUCUGCAAUCUAAGAAAUUCAACAAAGGAGCCAUUUCACGGAUGGUGUCAGUGGCUCCUUAUUUGUUAAAUUUCAGUGUGGAAAGACUCGACAAUAGGUUGGGAUUCUACCAGAAAGAAUUGGGGCUAAGUACGCAAAAGACUCGUGAGCUGGUCACUCGACUCCCCAAGUUGUUAACUGGCAGCUUGGAGCCAGUAAAGGAAAAUCUUAAAGUUUGUCGGAUUGAAUUGGGUUUUCGUGAUAAUGAAAUCCAGCACAUGGUCACUUGUGUCCCUAAGCUUCUCCUUGCUAGUAAGAGUAAAGUAACCAGAUUGUUUGAUUACUUGCAUAAUACAAUGGGGAUUCCUCACCAUCUGAUUACAACAUUUCCUCAGGUUUUCAAUGCCAAGUUUCUGAGAGUAAAAGACAGACAUCUGUUUCUUGAAUAUCUGGGACGAGCCCAGUAUGACCCAUCUCUGCCGAACUACAUUUCCCUGGAUAAACUGGUUGCAACGCCUGAUGAUGUAUUCUGUGUGACAUUAGCAAAAGCCACAUUGCAGGACUUUGAAACUUUUCAAAAGACACUCUAAAUUCUUUUACAUGAUUUCAAAAUCUGAUUAUCAAUAUCCAUAUUUCCUUACAACAUGGAAGGAGGUUAUUUUGGCCCAUGUAGACAAUACUGGCUCACAGUGAUCCCAUUUCCCCAACUAAUUUUCCCUGUCACCUAUUCUCUCAUUGACAACAACUCCACCACUGACACCAGCCCCAAGAUUCUGCCGUCCAACUACACUAGCAGCAAUUUACAGAGGUCACUUAACCUACCAAUUUGCUCGUCUUUGGGAUGUGGGAGAAAACCCAUGGGAUCACAGGGAGAACAUGCAAACUCCAUACAGACAGCACUGAGGUCAGGAUUGAACCAGGUUGUUAGAGCCAUGAGGCAGCAACUCUAUGACCUGCACCAUUACAGGCUUCGAAUAUUUUUCCUGUACCCUCAAACUGUAUAAACUAACUCCAGACUUGUAGCCACAAGGUCAGACGUAUUUGAUAACACACAAAAAAAAUAAUUUUCAUCUGUAAACUUUUCUGGGAUUGUAGAUUUUUACUGCAGUUUUGUACAUUGUGGACCAGUGUUCACUGAAUAUAAACUUCCCACGGCUAAUUUGUCAGUAAUUACUAAGAACCUGCCACCUACUUAGUCUGUUUUAGAAAGAUUCAAUCCAUGAGCAAAAGAUGAACAUGCCACCACAUGUACAAUCAUUAAGAAUACCUAAAGAUGCAUCAUUACAGUGUUAAAAAUUUGGCAAAAUCUUUUGAGUUUCACCAUGAAUUUUUCUGAUGUCGAAAGACAUUCAUUUGCUGUGCGUCUGUGCAUGGAUCAAGCCACGCUCUGGAUUAGGCCUGAACAUAGGUAUUUUAUAACUAUACAAGUACUAUCAAAGAUUAAUUUUAUACUGUAGUAUUAUUCAAAUCAGGUUUUGAAUUUGCUCAACAAUAAGCUACUGCUGAAAGUCUAUCAGCAUUCAUACAGAGAUUAUGAUAAGAAUGUGUAUUUACGGUUACUGUUCAUGUUUUCAGAUCAGAAUUUUUUUUUAUUUUUAUUAAUAAAUUACCUUGUUUGAAAUGUUUCACCAUCAAUUUCUUAUUACCGUCACUCAAACGUUCUGCUGCUCUGGAUUCGUCACAGUGCUUAUUCAAUAUCCAGCAUGGAAUCAGCAGGAAUUUCCUCUAAUUCAAUAUUUGGAAAACAGAAACCAUGUCUUUUGAACCCCACCAGACUCCAGACCUUGGAACUCACCUGAUGUUAAAACCCAUGUAUGUGCCCUUUUAACUCUAGAUUUAUCAGUGAUCUCUUGGCUGGGCUUCCCCCUUGCACCCUUUAAUUUGAGUUCAUCAAAAGUUUUGAUGUGGGCAUUCUAACUUUUAUUAAAUUACUAGAGAACCAUUUGGUUCUUGAACAAAGCUACACAACCCUAAUCACUACAGUUUAGCAACACUAUGACCACUUGCACUAAAAUGGGAUUUGUUUUUAUUUGUUCUAAUUGUGUUCUUUCCUGUAAAACUUGUGUAUAAUUUAUGCUUAAUUUGUUUUUCUUGUGAAUGCUGCCUGUAUGAUGCUAUAUGCCCGUGAUGCUGCUGCAAGUAAGUUUUUCAU